AUGAUACUUCGAUUGCCGAACCACUUACUGGGCAGGUUGGGAGACGUCGAGGGGUACCAGCUCUUGCCCUUGGUCGGCAAUGGGCAAAAAACAAACAUCGUCGGUACGGGCCCGCUGUCGGAUGCCGAGCAAAGAAGGCAGAGGAUACACACGCUUUCUAAACGAGCGCUGGUUCUGGGCAUUUCUUGCUUGCUCUGCAUAGCUGUGCUGCUAAGAGUGUCAAAGAGAACGCUCACCUUCGAAGAGGAAGCUUUCAGCAACGCAGUCAAGGUCACGGAGCAGCCGCUAGACAAGUCGGCUGGAGACUCUUCAGCGGUACCCUUGUCAGCCGCUCCUUCGCAGACGAGUGCCAUGCCCACCUCGCUAGGCGGUGUUCCGCUCAUCCCUCCACCUCGUCCGACCAGCCCGCUACCACCCGCCACUGACAAUGUGUACGGCCAAUCAACUCCCGACUUCGAGACUUACAUUUCGGAGCUCAGGGAUUUUACACGUUUAGAAUUCCCCAGCUGGCAUGCUGAUGCCGUGCUCGCACUCCUCGACGCCCACUUAGGCUUCGAGAACACUUCGACCUCGUCGCAUGCAUCCGGAAAUGCCGAAGAGGGGCGCAUUGGUACCAAACGCAACGGCACAGCGCAGACCUCUCACUCCAACAGCUCCGCUCUAUCCACGCAAAUUCCGAAGAAUUUUUGGCAGACCGAUAAACGCAAACGCCAACGCAUCAGCUGGGGCUUUGAGAAUCUCAACGAGGGUCAAGGGUGGACGUUCAGCAUGCUCCAUGAUGAUGACAUUGCGAGCUGGAUCUUGCAGAAUUUGGGGCAACCCGAUAAAGUUGUAUCUGCCGGGCUCAAUGCGACCUUCAUCGACAAUUAUUCAAAGGCUGACGCACCUCCAGCGCGGAAGUCAACGAGUAGCCGGUCAUCCACGGCCGAGCCAUCUCCAUCGCCAUCGGGCACGACCAACGGAUUGAGGCAGAUCUGGGAUCGCAUCAACCAACCUAUCCUGCACGCUGAUCUAUGGCGAUACCUCAUUCUGACUUUGCCGACAUACGGAGGCAUUUAUUCUGACAGCGAUACGCAGUGCCUCAAACCAUUUUCAGCAUGGGGACGUAAUGCUACAUUUUGGGCAGUCAGCAACCUCUCCGCGCGACAGGUGACCCGGCCGCCCAGCGUCAUCUUGGCAGUGGAAGCAGAUGUCGGGAGCAAUCAAGAGUGGUUCAAGUGGUGGGCGCGACCGCUGCAGUUCGUCCAGUGGACGAUGGGCAGCGCCCCGGGUCACCCAAUCUUUAUAGAUUUGCUGCGAAGGAUCAAGUUGUCGUCGUUGGCGUAUCGGGACGCCAAGCUGGAACAGCAACGCAAGAUUAAUAUGCUAAGGGCUGAGGCGGGCUCACUGCAAGCCAAGCUCGACUUUGUUAGUGCGAAGUCUGGACAUUCAAUGACUCGCGUCGCUAGCGUCAAGACCCGCCUCGCCCGCUCUCCUACCUCUACCGCAGCCCCUAAGCCUGAGCGAAGGGAGUGGCUGCAAGACUGGCUUUCAUUAGAGUCCACAAGAACGAUCGCAAACUUUGAGUCGACGUCUGCCUCAUCUUCGACCUCCUCAACUAGCAGCAGACCUAGACCGACAGACGCAUCGCUGCUACCAAUCUUUGAGAAGAUAGAGUCGCUGCUAGCCGAAGCCGCGCUGCUGGAGAGCACACCGCUGGUGAACAGCGACACGCAAGGCGAAUUGUCCAUCAUGGAAUUGACUGGACCGGGCGUCUGGACCGAUUCGGUGGUCAAUUACCUCAAAGUGCGCUACGGCCUCGAUUGGACGCACUUCAAGGAUUUGGAGCAUCCUGUGCGGAUAGGGGAGCUGGCGAUUUUGCCGAGAACAGCUUUCAGUCCUGGUGUGAAUACGCCCGGUUUUGGAUCAACCUGGGACGACGAGGCCAUGGUCUAUCACGAGGUGAGCCGAAAGAGAUUGCUGCGCGAGCCGAAGGGCGGCGAGUUGUGCUGAGCGGUGGCAGCAUCUCUUCCCCGAUCCCCAGUUUCGCGGCACUUGGCGAGUAUCAGCAAAGCCGGAACCAGAGCCACCAGCCCCAGAUGACGCCUCCGCUUCGUCGAGCUCUGCAUCGGCAGCGCAAUCGAGCAACGCGUCAAGUGCCAGUGAUGCUGGCGGCAAAGCCCCAGAGGACGACCCUUCUUGGAGCUGA